CCGAGAGAUGGCCUGGGUCAACCUGCACAGCACGGCCGCCCGCGGCGACCUGGACCAGCUGCGGCGGCACUGGUGGCUGAAGAAGUUCCUCAUCAACAGGCGCAAUGCGGACAAGCAGACACCUCUGCAUCUUGCUUGCAUAAAUGGCCAUGCAGAUGUUGUUCGGUUUCUAGUAGGCAAGAAUUGCAAGCUAAAUCCUCGUGGCAAAUAUAAGAAAUCACCAUUGAUACAGGCAGUACAGCACCAACACAGAGAUUGUGUGGCUAUUCUGCUGGAGCAUGGUGCCAACCAUGACCACAGAGCUGUUACUGGUAACACCGCCCUUCACUUUGCUGUCCUGGUGUCUAGCAAAUCUCUAGUGGAGCUGUUACUUGAGCAUGGUGCAGAUAUUGAUGCUAAGAAUGAACUGGGAUACACUCCACUUACUCUUGCGAUCACUGAGCGUUGUAAAGGGAUGAUCGAGUUCCUUCUUCAAAAAGGAGCUGACGUGAAUGCUACAGAUAAUCAUGAAAGGACCCCCAUGGAAGUUGCUGCUGUUCUUAAGGAUAAGGAUACAGUAGAAGUUCUUCUUCACAAUGGCGGUGUUAUGAAUAAAGGAUACACCGGAGAGUUUUCAGCUCGAGAUUUUGACGAACUAUUUCGAGAUGAGUUUAUUGCUAAAGAAGGAGGGGAAUAUGAGUACUCUGAAAGGAAGGGACAAUGUUCUGCCAGAGGCACAGAAGAAAUUAACAGCUCUUGCUCUGGGACAAAUGCUGACACUCUCUUGACUACACCUGCAUUGCCAGAAUCAUGUAAGACUCUUCGCUAUCAAGGAGGUAUCUUGACAGGAGUGAGAGAAGAGCAGAGGAAAGACAAAGACUCCCCUUGGGAUUCUGAGACUGAUUCCAAAGGUCAGGGGAAAGUUUCUGCUGACCCGACACUUCCUGCUGCAGUUGGCAAGAGUUUGGAUGCGUGCUCUGUUGGAGUGGAGCACUGCAAAGGGCUCUUGCCAGCAGCAGGAAAAGAGAAAAAGGAAGACAAUGACUUUUCCUGGGAAGAUGAUGACUUUUCCUGGGCUUUUGAGACUGAUUCCAAAGGUCAAGAGAAAGUGUCCGCUGACCUGACACUUCCUGCUGCGGUUUGCAACAGUUUGGAUGUGCGCUCUGUUGCAGUGGAGCACUGCAAAGGUAUCCUGCCAGCAGCAGGAGCAGAACUGAAGGAAUAUUUUGUCCCUUCUUCUAAGAAUAAGCUUUCUACACUGGAGGCAGAAGAUCUUCAGCUCAGAUCCGAUUCUUCAAGUCAAACAGAUUCUCAGGUGGACAGACAGGUGACUCCAAUAGAG